GGAAACCUGGUUGCAGCCGCCGUACCCUGACGCGCCGUGCUGGUCACUCAUUAGCCGGUUCCGCGAGUUGACUCUUGCAGCUGUGGUGUGGGAGAUCCCUCUCGUCUAUAUCAUUCGGGUGCUGAGGGUGCCCCCCCAGCGUCGACGCCCAUCGCAUGCUAAGCAGCCAUGAAUCCCUCGGACGAGGACAGGCCGUUGCCGCCGCCACCGCCACCGCGUCCGGUGGUAACUCUGAGGAUGCCUCCUCGGUCUUCCAUACUGCUGCGUCAGUCCACACAGCGCCCGCCGCCGCCGCAUCUGCCGCUAUCGGGAGCAGCAGCAGCUCCUGGCGCACCUGUGGUCAUCCCUCCAGUGCCCGUGCGGCCCCCAUUGGCAACAGGAUCACCACCCCGUGACUUCGGGCCGGCCGGGAGGGUAACUAUCGUGCAGCAGGGCAGGCCGACCAUCGCCACCAGUGCACCUGCCGGUGGGGGUGGUGUGUAUUGUGCACCGGCACCCCCUCCCCCACCCCCACCACCGCGUGUGACGCCCGGGAUGCGACCUGGUGGGACACUUAGGUCGGCGGGAGGGUACGGCGGGCGGCCACGGGGUCGCCCACCAUCGGUUGUGGCCUGGGUGAGGCCGCCGACGACCCCUCACCCACCGACACCACCAGUCAUCUCGCUGGUGGCAAGACCGUCCCCACCGCCCAAGAGCCGUGCCGGCCCGCAGGCUGCUGCUGGUGCUGGCGUGGAGUUUAUGGAUCGGAUGGAUACUGUGGAUCUGACCCAGGAGGAGAAGGAGGAUGAGGAGACGCAGGAGGCUCCACCAGGUGGGUAUCUGUCUAUCUGUCUGUGUCCAUGGCAUAGGGACGGAAGGAGGGGGAACGGGUGGAUGGUGGUGUGCGUUGACGGACGUCUUGUGUUGUGUUGGUUUGGUGUGUCGGUCAGAGGUGGGGGAGGAGUAUUUGGGUUACGGGCCGUUGUUCCAGGCCGCCAAGAAGGGCGCCGCCACGGGCAACCUCCGGCUGCUAGACGAUGACUUAGAGGAGGCGGGCAGCACCGAGGCCACGAGCGCAAAGUUGGGACAGGUGGGCGGGGCGGGCUGACCCAACCAACACAAACACACCUCUGCACUCAUGUUAUCGUUGGUGGUCUCUCUUCUUUGUAAGGGUUUGUUGCUUCACGAUUCGCCAAUAUCGUCGCUGCCGUCCAACGGUGGUCUGGUGCAGGACGUGGCGGUGGCGAGAUGGCACAUAGCCGUCCUGCUGGCCGACGGCCGGGUGCUGUUGUGGAGGCAGAGGUAAUCACAGCACAGCAACUCCAACGCACUCAUUGCUCGGCCGCUGUGCCAUGAAUGCAGCCACCAUGGUGUGUCAACGGGUUGCGACACGUGGGAGGAGAUCCCGGCCUUCCGCAAGCUCGACAUCGCAUCGCUGCACCUCGCCGGCUCGUGCAUGCGCGACGACUGGCGACAGGCCGACCCUGCUGCCAUCGCUGAUCGGCAAAAGGACACCCUGCUCAUCCAGCCCCGCCCCCCCGACAGGUUCUUCCUGGCGGCGCUGACCAAGGACGGGCAGCUUCAUUGGGUCAGGGGCGACGAGCAGCGGUGUCGGCUGCCUGCGUGGGAGCUGCACCAGACCUACUUCACCUUCAAGCACGACGGCCAUGUGGUGCAGAACGGCGCCACCACCGCCAGCAUGGGGGAGAUCUGCCACGAGCCGCCUCCCGCCGAGCCGUCCAUGGCGGUCAUUGCCGUCCCGCGGGUGGCGGCGCUGCCUGCGCGCAUCCAGGGGGAGGUGGAGGUCACGCCCUGCUUGUUCAUCAAGGGCCCACACACAUUCAUCAGAUUCAAAAAGUUCCCUGCAAAGCCGACCAAGGUCUGGUGGACACGCCGGGAGACAGGGAGGGAGGGAGGGAGGGGCUGUAUGUGUGUUCCUUUCUGUCUGUGUGAUGUCAGGUUGUGUGUGGCCCUGCGGCCGGGGGCGGGGCGGUGCUGCUGGAGAACGGCUCUCUCUGGCGGUGGACCAUUAACGCCGAAACCCGCAAGGCAACGAUAGACCAGGUAGGUAAACCAGGCAAUGACCCCUCCACUGUGUCUGCAAGGCUUAUGUCUCUGUGUGUGUUGUGCUGUGUGCGCCCUGGUGUGGUGACUGCUGGCCUGGCAGUUGCUCGGCUCGCUAAGGGGGAAGAAGGUGCUGGAUGUGGCCGAGUGCUGCGGCGACUACGUGGCCGUGACUGACGACGGCAUAGUGCACGAGUGGAACACGCGGGUCGACGGCGUCCCCUUGUCGUCGAGGCUGCGGCCACACAUUCCCCUUCCAGUCGAGUGGACACCCACCUUCCAACUCAAGGUACCUCAGCCUCAGCCCAGCCCCACACACACGCAAGAACACAUCGGCAUAGAUAGGAAAGAUAGAUGGGCGGGCAGGCGAUGGGCCCUUCGCACUCUCCUUGUUCGUUCCGUCUGUCAUGUCAGGUGAUGAGCGAGUCCCUCAGGCACCCCGACACGCCAAGCACGCUCGCAUGGUGGCAGCAGGACCAGCAGCCCGCCCCCCCACCACCACUCCCUCACCCAGAAGCAUCAGCGGCGUCAGCCUCACCCGAGCAGGCACACCCCACCGUGCCGCCGCCGCCAACCGACGAGGAGCUGGAGGCCAUGAGGCGGGCGGAGAUCGAGGCCCAGUACGACGUCCGCCUGGCCAACCCACUCAAACCGGCCGGGAGCAAUGGCGAUGGUGACGGCGAUGGCGAUGAGGAGCUGGAGAUCAUCAUGGAGACGCCGGGGCUGCCUGCGGGGCCUGUGCGUGUGGAGGCGGCCGCAGAGGACCCCGUGACGUCCAUCUGGCUCAUGGAGGGGGCCACCAUCGGCGUGCAUAAGAGCGGCCGGUUCGCGGCCUGGGCAAACGCAGUGGCCUGGUGGCGAUCCGGCGUCUGGGCGCCCGCUGCACCCGACACAAGCUUCGGCUUCAGCCUGGCCAGCGAGAUUGCGACUCAUCCCAACUACAUGGUGAGUGCAGGGCGGGAGACAACCGAGAAGACAGAGUCUCUCCUGUUUGUUCGUCUGACUGCAAUACGCCUGUGUGUCUGUGUGUCGUUGUGGUUGUUGGGUUCAUCUCAUCGCUCAGACGUGGUCAGAGGUGCUGCGGUCGUCCCCCUGGCUGCAUUACGAGGCCAAGGCGCGCGAGGCGCACAAGCUGCCGUCCAUGGCCGAGCAGGAGGCGUCGGGCGCCCUGCCGUCGUCAUGGGACAAAAAGGCCCUCGAGCGCAAGAUAGGCCACCUCAUGCACACGGCCGCCCAGUCCCCUUUCCCCGUCGGCCGCAUCAUCGCAUCGCCCACCAACCUCAUCAUUGCACGAGUCGUCAUCGGCCCCAUCCAGCCUGGCAGAAGGGUGGUCCCCGACCCAGAGGGCCCCAGUAGUAGCAGGCCCCCCUACUACCCCAGCCCCCUGAAGCGCGCCGAGGCCAGCGUGUUCCAGCUGCCGGUCGCGGCCAAGGCAAGGGCGGAGGCCGGCAACCCGCGUAUGAGGAAGUUUCGCGGCAAGCAGCACUCCCCCAUGCUGACGAGGAAACGAGAAGAGCUUCCCAACUCAUUUACUUGUCCUGACGUGGGCACGGGGAUGGGCACCAUCGAGCUGGGCGACGUCGAGGAGGCCGAGGGGGCGGCUGGCGUGUGGGGGCUGGACGGUGGGGUCCACGAUAGGCAGCGGCGUGCUGCAGGUGGUGGAGGUCUUGUGGAGGUUGAGAUGGGCGACGAGCUGGAGGGAGGAGAUUCGCACGCGACACUGACUGGCGGGGAGAGGGACGAGAGCAGCGACGUGAAGCGCAGGAGGGUGCAGGGCGGCAAGGGCGGGGAGGGGGGAGGGAACGAAGAGCAGGAGGAGGCCGAGGAAGACGAUGACAAACACGACGGACGUAAGUGAGUGAGUGAGAGGAGUGGGUGGUCAGUCGCAUCAACGAACACUCCCACCCAUACCGCACCACCUACCUGUUUUGGUGUUCAUCCUUCAUCCAUUCAUCCAUCCAUUCAUCCAUCCAUCGAUCCAUGCAUCAGGUGAGUACGAGGUGUCUCGGAUCCUGGCGCACCGCCAGCCGACGCCACAGAAACGCGAGUACCUCAUCCAGUGGAAAGGUCAGUCUGCCACCGCACCAGACAGACCCCUGAAGCGCGACGACAGACAAUACUCCCUGGUUGCCUUGCUGUGGUGUGUGUGUGUGUGUGUGUGCGCAGAUUACCGCGAGACUUGGGAGCCUGAGUCGUCUCUGACCAACUGCCACGGGAAGCUGGAGGAGUACUGGCGGGCCACCCCCCCGGAGCUGCUGCAGUACCGGAGCCGUCCGCCGUCCCUGGCCCAGGUCACUCCCACAGCGGCGGCGGCCAUAAUGCAGCAGAGGCGGGUCAAAGGCAGCGGACCUUCCUUCUUGCGCCAAUAGCUAGCUAGCAUGGGUGGAUAGCAUACCAUUGAUUGCCCCGACUGACUGACUGUAUGGCCGAUGGAUGGAUGGAUGGAUGUACAGUGACUGUUUACUGGGCAAGUGUUGGCCUGGUUGUUACUUUUUCUGCUGGCUGGUUGCACGUCACGAUCAUCAAUCGUUCCUGUCAGGGUGCCUCUCUCCUCUCGUCUCUCUCACCGCGUAUGUAUGCUAUGGUAUGUAUGGAUGCAUCGCCGUGUCGGUCGGCAGGGGCGGG